GAGCCGCCGCCGCCGCGCGGAGCAGCGUCGCCCGAGCCAGGCUCCCUGACAUUCGGGACCGACCUCCUGGAGACCUUGCAACUCGGACAGGUCGUUAGCAUGGGGACGGAGGCUCCGGCGGAGAAGGUCAGAAACUGAGAGAGAAAUGACAGCUCCUAGCAGAGGCAGGUUGCUCUGCAGACAAAGGCGAUGAGAUCAUUCCUUCAAGCCUCGUGUUGUAGCAUCUCGGCGCAAGACACGGUGAUGGCUGUCAGCACAGACCAGGGACAGGCAAACCUGUGCCUUCCAAAUGUUUUGGACUACAACCUCCAUCAGCCCUGCCAGCAUGGCAGACGCUGUUCAAACUUCCGGAAAACCUGAAAUCGUGCCUUACUUGAAUGCAUCAGGCAACGGAGCAGAAAUCCUGAAGGCCCAGCAGGAUGUGAAGGCCAGAGAUGAGCAGUAAUUACUGCAACAACACCUCAGUGAGCAUGAGUGUCAACGAGGUCUCCACCUUUCCCCUGACUCUGGAACAAAAAACCGGCUUUGCCUUUGUAGGGAUCCUGUGUGUCUUCUUGGGACUCCUGAUUAUCAGAUGCUUCAAAAUCCUCCUAGACCCCUAUAGCAGUAUGCCGUCUUCCACGUGGGAAGAUGAGGUCGAAGGGCUGGACAAGGGGACAUUUGAAUAUGCUCUUGCAUGAAAACUCCUACAAGAAUAUCCUGCCUUAAUUCUGAUAUUUUUCAUUUUGAGGACCCUAGAAUGGAGGCAUUUGUAACAGAUAUGAUGUUUUGAAGAUAUGGUGGCAGUGUCUUUUUGUUAAAUAAAGCUUUGUUGCAGAUUUAAA